CAGGACUGUUGUGGUGCUCGUCGUUUAGGGUUAUUACGGUAGCGCCUUGUGGCAAUGGUGAGACUCGCUGCUGCCUGCAGGUUCGGUCGCUGUGCUGCUGCUGCUGUUUCCACGUUGACCAUGUCGAACCUCAGGUUCAUCGAUAUCGGUAUAAACCUCACUGACCCCAUGUUCAGGGGGGUGUACAGAGGAAAUCAGAAGCACGAAGAUGAUUUCCAGCAGAUCAUUGAGAGAGCUCUUAGUGUUGGGGUUCAGAAGUUCAUGAUCACUGGAGGAAACCUGGAGGACAGCAUAGAAGCUCUGAAACUGGCACACACCAGAGAUGAGUUCUACAGUACUGCUGGCUGCCAUCCGACACGCUGUGCCGAGUUUGAACAGAAGGGGGCAGAAGAGUACUUGUCUGCACUCAGAGAGCUGGCCGUCAACAACAGAGGAAAAGUGGUGGCUAUCGGAGAGUGUGGCCUGGACUUUGACAGGUUGGAAUUCUGUCCGAAGGAGACCCAGCUAAAGUACUUUGAGAAGCAGUUUGAUUUGGCAGAAGAGACCCAACUGCCGAUGUUCCUGCACUGCAGAAACUCUCAUACGGAAUUCCUGGACAUUAUGAAGCGAAACAGAGACAGGUGUGUAGGAGGGGUGGUUCACUCCUUUGAUGGGACAAAGGAGGACGCUGCUGCUCUUAUAGACCUGGAUCUUUAUAUUGGCAUCAAUGGCUGCUCUUUGAAGACUGAGGCAAAUCUCGAGGCUAUGAAAUCUAUUCCCACAGAGAGACUUAUGAUCGAGACAGAUGCUCCGUGGUGUGGUAUCAAAAACACUCAUGCUGGAUCCAAGUUCAUAAAAACUACAUUUCCCACCAAGAAAAAGUGGGAGACAGGCCACUGCCUGAAGGACAGGAACGAACCCUGCCAUAUCAUACAAGUGCUGGAGGUGAUGGCAGCGGCGAGGAAUGAGGACCCUGCGGAGCUGGCCAACACAAUCUACAACAACACCCUGAAAGUGUUCUUCACUGGAGGCUGAUACAUCUGGUCUUACCUAAAUCUGUAGUAGUAAAAAUGAGGCCUUGUGAGAGCUGAGAACUCACUGAGUCAGUGGAUCUUCUGGCUGAUGCCCAGAUUCUCAGUCAUCAUAGACAUUUUGUUAAUGCAUGGAAACCAUGCACUGAACUGUUCAAACAGCUGAUGGAAAAGAUGUAUUUUAAUAAACAUGUAUA